UCUUACCUCUGGCUUAUAAAUUUUUUUAGCGAGUCUUGGUUGGGCCACUGAGAAGGCGAGUAGAUUAAAUGAUGUUUUACUUGUGUAUUGUCAGUAAAUUUACCAUCUCCUGGGACAUUACAAGAAGUUAAGGUUCCAGUUAUUGGAAACAGGAAAUGUAACUGCUUAUAUGGAGCUGGAUCUAUCACCGACAAUAUGUUAUGUGCUGGGUUAUUGCAAGGGGGCAAGGACUCUUGUCAGGGUGACUCUGGAGGUCCACUGGUUAUCAAACAGGGCUCUCAGUGGAUCCAGGCUGGCAUUGUGAGUUUUGGUAAAGAAUGCGCUCUUGAAAAUUUUCCCGGUGUAUAUUCAAGGAUUUCUCAAUACCAGGAUUGGAUCAGUAAAAUAAUCAUCACAAACCAGCCAGGAUUCAUCAAAUAUACAUCAAAUGACAUUGAUAGUGAUCUGCAGGUGACCUGCAAAGGCUUGUUGCCUGUUCCCCCAACUAUUGUACCGUCUGUGGUAUGUGGGAGUGCCAAGCUCAAUACUAUUUCUGGAGAAACAGAUAGUUCCUUGGCAUCAGCAGGUACAUGGCCGUGGAUGGCCAGCCUGCAGCUUAAUGGUACUCAUAUUUGUGGUGGAACACUGAUAGCUCAGCAAUUUGUCAUGAGCUCAGCUGAUUGCUUCUCUAGCUCAAGCAAUCUCUCUGACUGGACCGUAAAACUGGGUCGGCUCAAUCUGAACGGCUCUAACCCCAACGAGGUCUCUUUCACUGUGGCUAAUAUUACAUUUAGCACAAAUGCCAGCAAUAACAUAGCAGUGCUGAAGUUGUCUACCACUCCCACUCUUUCCGACUUCAUCCAGCCCAUAUGUGUAGACUUUGGCAAUACCAACUUCAGCAUUGGUACUCGGUGCUGGGCAGCUGGCUGGGGCUCAGGAGGAGGAGUUCAACAAACGCUUCAGCAGUUCAACACUACUAUAGAAAACUGUGGAAAUUUGUCUUCAUCCAGCAGUAUUUGCAUUAAAGCUAUACCAUUAGAACAGACUAUAAGAGGAGGUCCUUUAAUGUGUAAGAUCGGACAGACAUGGAUCCAGGCUGCCAUUUUAACCAUCGCUAACAACAUUGUGAACAACACCACUAAUUCCACCAACAGCUCAAACAGCACCACUAAUUCCACCAACAGCUCAAACAGCACCACUAAUUCCACCAACAGCUCAAACAGCACCACUAAUUCCACCAACAGCUCAAACAGCACUAGUGGCUCCACUAAAUCCUUGUCCAAUAUAUACCUUCGUGAGACAAAUAUACAGGUCAUCACUUCAACAUCCAGUUUCUCAGUUUUCUUGCAGGCUACAGUGGGUACCUUCCCUCCUGCUACAACAUCCAGCAACUCAUCUUCAUCCUCAUCAUCUUCAGACAGUGAAGCUUUGUCAUCCCUCUCAGUUGUUUCAGUCUUUCUAUUGUCCCUUCUUGCCCUCCUCCAAACUUUUGGUUUAAAAUAAGUACUCUCAAAAAGCCAGUAUAUUAUUUGGAAAAAUACAGUAUAUCUUUCUUGAUUCAUUUUUGGUUACUUUAUUAUUUUCUAUUCUUUUUUUUUACCUGCAUGGUUUGAUACAGUGCAGAUUAGUCUUGCUAUCCAGUAAUGUAACACACCUACACCAUACCACCAUGCCUACUGUAUAUCCUGUUCUUCAUGAAUGUCUUAUAAAAGAGAACAAGACUAGCCUGUUAUAGACAUCUAUAUAUUUGUGUAUGUGGAAUUAAACAGUUAAUGCCCUGCUCCCAACAUGUUAAGCUUUCAUACAUUAUACUGUAAAUAUUGCACGGAAUUGCUGUUUCAUAUAAUCAUACUUUAAAUUACUGAGCAGUGAAUUCAGUGGAUUGGAUUUGUGUGGUGCAAAUGUAGCAGAUAAGAUUAUAUUUUACAUUUACUGCAUUUUACUGAAAAACUACAGUACAACACUAUUAGA